AUGUUGCUUUCAGAUCUUGGAUUUGGGGGUGGCAAGUCAAAAUCCUUGUACACUAGAGAUGGUCAUCAGGGCAUUACUGUUAUUAAGUUUGCUGGUGACGAAUCUGGCUUGAAGGAGGCCAUACGACUGGCAGAAUAUUUUGAGAAAGACAAUCAUGGGCGAAAGGGAUGGGCUCGUGUACAGUCUGUGAUAACAGUUAAGAAUGACGAGAACAAUCCAAACCUUGUGAAGUUGGAUGAGAGGACAGGUGAGAUGCAAAGAAUCUUGUAUGGCUAUCUUGGAAAUGUUUCUGACGUGGAAAAGAUUGACCUUGAGACUAGGAAGAAGAUUGUGAUUGAGAGCAGGAGGGAAUAUAAGCCAUCCUAG